AGUGGAAUGGGAUGGAUCGAGAGCCGUUGCGGAUAAAUGCCGUAUUAUAAACUGAGAUAUCAAAAUAACUUUGCAUGCCUUAUUGGAACUAUAUAUAGUAGCCUAAACUAGCCUACAUUUCGUUCGUCGACAUUGACAUUGUAGGCAAUUCAAGCAAAGCCCUGCACUUGUCCACUGCAGGAUUUGAAACAACAUUCGUUAAAUACUUAUUUGAAAAUACAUACAUUUUUUGUGUAAAAGGAUAACCUUUUAGAUGAGAAAUUAACAAAGCGCGCAAUUGUAACUGCUUCUUUUGUGGUAAAAGAUUGCAUUAGUUUGGAUUUUUGUCUUGGAUACCAGAAUGCAAGAAAGCCCCACUAUUCACAUUCACAUGGGACGUCAGAGAUGUUGAAGUUGACGCGGUUACAAGAGUCCUUGCAACGGAUUUUAUCAUAUGUUGUUGCCACUGCGAACCUAAGUGUUGAGCUGCAUCGUAUCGGUUCAUCAUACAGGAAAAGUAGUGUUUGUCUUUGACUUUGAAGGACGUUUUGUGCCACCUUAAAAUCCCAAAUGAAGAUUCCAAAAAGACGGAAAAGACUAACGUGCCUUCUCUGCGCCAGGCUAACAAAGGAAGGUUUUGGCGUCGACUAAAUUUGGCAAGCUCAGGAUUUUUUCUCAGACGUAAGGUUUUCGAAGAGGUUUUAAAUAUGAUAAAUGGCUCGUUUAAGCUGGGAGCUGCUCGUGUUCUGUCCGGCUGGCAGAUGCAGUGCCUAGUGCCUGGCCUUCAGGACAACGCCAACAUGAAUGGGGCUGGAGAUCAGGCGGACAUAUUGCCACCCAACUGCAUGGUCAAGGAUCGAUGGAAAGUGCUGAAAAAAAUUGGAGGGGGAGGUUUUGGGGAGAUCUACGAGGCCUUAGACUUGCUGACACGGGAGAAUGUGGCGUUGAAGGUGGAGUCGGCCCAGCAGCCCAAACAGGUCCUGAAGAUGGAGGUGGCCGUCCUAAAGAAACUGCAGGGUAAAAACCAUGUAUGUAAGUUUAUUGGCUGUGGGAGGAAUGACAAAUUCAACUACGUGGUGAUGCAACUUCAGGGGCGGAAUUUGGCUGACCUGAGAAGGAGUCAGCCUCGAGGGACCUUCACCAUGAGCACAACCCUCCGUCUGGGAAAACAGAUCCUGGAGUCGAUAGAGGCCAUCCAUUCUGUUGGCUUUCUGCACAGAGAUAUCAAACCAUCCAACUUUGCUAUGGGAAGGUUGCCUUCAACGUACAGGAAGUGUUUUAUGCUAGACUUCGGCCUUGCUCGUCAAUACACCAACACCACAGGGGAAGUCCGACCGCCCAGAACGGUUGCAGGAUUUCGAGGAACAGUCCGAUACGCCUCUGUAAAUGCACAUAAAAACAAGGAAAUGGGUCGCCAUGAUGACUUAUGGUCAUUAUUUUACAUGUUGGUGGAAUUUGCGGUUGGUCAGCUACCAUGGCGGAAAAUCAAAGAUAAGGAGCAAGUUGGACAGAUUAAAGAACGAUAUGACCAUAGGAUGCUGCUGAAACAUAUGCCUUCAGAGUUUCAAAUCUUCCUUGACCAUGUAUUGGGCCUUGACUAUUACACCAAGCCAGAUUAUCAGCUCCUGAUGUCAGUGUUUGAGAACAGUAUGAAGGAACGCAUCAUCACGGAGAACGAGCCGUUCGAUUGGGAGAAAGGAGGGACCGACUCUACCCAGUCGACCAGCACCUCCACCCAGCCACAGCACCACACCCGGCCCACCGCCGCCAUGGUGGGAGCCAUCAACGUCACGCUGGUCCCCGGCGAUCUUCAGAGGGAGAACACGGACGACGUCCUCCAGGACGAGCACCUCAGCGACCAGGAGAACGCCCCUCCGGCCUUGCCUGGCAAGCAGGGGGCCGAGACAGCCAGCCUGGUACCCAACGAGGGCGAGAACUGGGAGGACACUGACUUCAACCGCAACAAACUCAGGAUCAGUCUCAGCAAGGAGGAAGACCCAGGUCGAGGGGCUUGCCCUGUGUCUCCUGGCCGAACGGGGGGCCCAGAUUCGCCCAGUGGCCAGGUGCGCUCCUUGAGGUACCGGCGUGUCAACAGCCCUGAGUCAGACCGCCUGUCUGCGGCCGAGGGCAGAGUCGAUGGCUACUGCCAAAGUGUCAGGUCUCGCAUGGACAUCCUGGGCUCGCCCUCUCGCCACGUCUACUCCUCCCAACCAGCCCAGAUGCUGUCGGUGGACGGCGUCCGGUGUGGCGACCGGCAGGCCAGCGGGCGCCACGAGGGCUCGGUGGCCUCGGUGGACCAGGAGGCACACAGCAACGCCUUCAUCCGCUCCGUGCCGUUGGCUGAGGAGGAGGACUUUGACAGCAAGGAGUGGGUGAUUAUUGACAAGGAGACCGAGCUGAGGGACUUCCAGCCCACGACAUCGGGCACCACCGACGAGGAGCCCGAGGAGCUCAGGCCGCUGGAGGAGCAGGAGGAAAGGAGGAAGCUCCGGGCCGCAGGUGCUGAGCUAGUGGUACGGCCCAAGACCCAUACCAGGGACAGCAGUCGAGGCAUGCUGACCCUGACUGAGGAGGAAGCCUCCCGGAGGAGCAGUGGCAGCCCCGCCCAGUCGCCGUGUCACUCACUCCCAUCAGGCCGCCCCCGGAGAAGAGAGUCCGAGCCCAUUGGACCCCAAAGACCGGUGAUAAUGUCACCUACGGAGCAAAAUGGCCCAUCUUUGCCAUCUCCAGACUACAGAACCAAGGGUCAGACUGAUGAAAAGGAGCUCUUCCACAUCCUCCCUCAGCUCCAAGUAAAGAGGGCAGAUUUCCUUACAGUCAUGCUCACCGGCACCCUGCCUCAGCGCCGGACGUUUUCGGCUCUGCUGCCGGAGAAUGAAGUACCGGAGCCUCAGGGGCCGAGGGAUGAUGACGUGACCAAGAGCGAGUCCAACAGCGAGGCCAGUCAGAAGAGCACUGAGCGCAGCCAGGAUGGAGCUCCAUCCACUCUCAUGGCCGAGGACCUGAAGGGCCCGAGGGAGCCUGUCUCAGCUGCCGAUGCAGACCCUGACAUGGAGGACGCCUCCAAGACCCUGGUCCUGUUCUCACCCGGGGACAACCGCAAGUCCCCAUCUACUGGGUACCCCAACCUCGAAGCUGAUUUUGGUACCCCGUGUACCAUCACCCCCCAAAAAGAGAGGCCCGCAAUGGGUGAGGCGAUUCAGGCAGAACCAUCUGAACUUGGGGGUUUGUCGGUUGCAUUGAGAUCGGAUUUGAGAGCCACCACCCCCAUCGCUCCGGCGUCUCCUCCGUUCACUAAAGUUGAACGGACUUUCAUCCAUAUCGCUGAGACAUCCCACCUGAAUGUCAUGUCUUCCAGCAGCCAGACUCCCAAGGAAAGUGAUCGAGACCUCUUGGCCAUUGUCCAAAAAGCUUCAGCAGAUGGAGGCACCAAUAAACAGAUACAUCUUGUAAAACAGGGCAACGCAUCUUCUGAGCAUUCACUUGACCUCCAAGUCCAGUCUGCAAUUGAUGGGCACCUGGAAAAUGACUCGCAGCCCGAACCUGAAAACUGUUCAACGUUUGUCUUUGCCAAAUCUCUGGAGCCUGUCCCAGAAGCCACAUUGCCUAUUCUGGCACAUGAAGCUUUAUGCAGCAAUGAUUCUCAAAAGAAGCUGCUUGAAAAGAAAGACAUUACAGAUCAACAGGAGAAUAGUCCAGAACCAGAAGCACCAACCCCUCCCAAACCCAGGAUCAGGAGCCGGAUCCCUGUGUUGGUCUCGGAGGAAGACACCGGCUCAGAGCACUCGUCCUCCCUCUCGGCCCGGGCACGACUCCAGAGAAGGGUGCGGCAGCUGGACUUGGCAAGACUCGUGGUGGAGAAGCAGCAGGGGCGUUGGAUGAGGAGGAGGCUGAUUUCGGGGACCUCGUCUUCCCUGUCGUCUGGGGAUGACGAGCGGCGGAGGGCAUCGGAGACUCUCUCUACCACCGGCUCAGAAGAGGACACGCAUGCCUCGGAUGAGUCCCUGGCGAGGAGGACUUCUCGUCUCAAGCCGACGGGGGAGGAGGGGCCUUUGGAGUGGCGGAGCAGGAUCCCCAGGCCUGUCACACCCAUUAAAAGACCCUCAGGGCGAUUAGUGGCGGCCGCAGCCCCCUCCCCUCUCACCCUGCCAGGACGUGGUAUUUCUCGAGCAGCCACCUUCAUUUGCAACGGACUUCAAUCUCAAAGAGUAGGACUGAGCACCCUUCACACCCAGAAGAGAUCCAAAACAAUGCCGAUCGGGUCUGCCUCUUCGUCUUGCCCCCGACCCUCCUCCGGUCCUCCCCAGCCAUGCGGUAGCCCCCGCAUGCCCCUGCGCUGUGUUUUUGAUGCCCGUCGUAGCCUCAGUACCUCUCACUGCAGGACAGACAGCCCCUCCCCCCAACGCGUCCGCCCAAUAAGGCAGCCCCUCUCAGUCCGACCCACAACCGCUCCCCCUCCACGACCAAGAACUACAAGUUCCCUCCAACGUAGCGCUUCACAGGACCCCACAACGCAGUCAUCCACUGCCAUGCCUGCCAGGGUCAGGCCUAAGUCCACAGGGCCAGCAAAGGGGAAACAAAGCACAGGGGACAAAUUUAGUUCCGUUAGAUAAUACACAGAGACUAAACCUAGACAAUAGUUGUGUAUACAUCUAUAUGGUCUUCAGAAAAACUUGAUGCCUCAAAAGGACCCAAGCUGACCCCAAAGCUAAACUGAUGCUUUAAGUCUUUUUGAUCUCACAAUGACCUCCUUUGAUCCAAAUAAUUUGUCUGUACUAAAAUAGUAUGUGAAAGGACGACAUCAUACAAAAUUAUCUCCACGAGCUUCCAGGAAAUAACUAAAAUAACUUGAUGAGCCACGCUACCAUGGUGCUAUGUGUGGGCUAUGCUGUGGGGGAAUCCUAUUCAUGAAAUUUUGUUUGAGGAAUUGAAAAUCUCCAUUGAAAGUUCUUUGGUUUCUGCAUAUUAUGCAAUAGUAAGGUAGAUAUGUAAAUUAAAAACAUUUAACAAGCAAACUCACAAUGAUUUUCAUCACAGAGUAUCAAGCACUUAUGAAACUAACAGUUUCACCUCAUCUACAGUCCAAUAUCUCCUUGGUUUGCUUCGCAUGGUAUACAAAUCACCUUUGAUUAAUUGAAACAUUUCAUUGAAUUGCAUCUAAAGUUUCCAGUAUCUUCCAGUAGUGACAUCUUUCUCCAAUUCAGAUCAAACUGACUGGCCAAAAGAAUUCCCAACUGUGUAGUCUGAAUGAAAGCUUCAGCUGCUUCAGAUUUUGACAUGGUAGAAUAAUUUACUAAAUUCAUGAUUUUGGACAAAGGGGAGGGUGUGAAAGCAAAUAUUACUGCUAGCCUCCUUGUUAUUGUGUGUCAAUGGGCAUGCUUUGUAUAAUACUAUUUUCUGGAUGUUCAAUUAUAUUUAUGCUUUGUAUAUAAUGAUACUUUCUCCAAAAUACAUCUUUAUUUUUCUCUUGCGAAGCAGACAGAAUUCUUUAACAUUUGGUUUCAAAUGGAUGGCACUAAGCCUGUCUUUUUUUUUGGCAUGGGAAAAAAACAAGGUAAUGUGAAAACGAGAGAGAUACCUGCCUUUGAUGUUCUGACAAUGCAAUGAUUGAUGAUCACUGGAGCCCAUGUUGAGUUGAAUGUUUGUAUUGGGUAGAUAAAACCUGAAGUUACAGGGCACUGAGCUAUAAAGUGAAGUCUUGGUCAUGUGGAAAGAUAUAUAUUGUGUUUACUCCCUAAUUGUUUUCAUGCACAAUAAUAGAGUGCUGGGUGACUUUAAGUUCUUCUAAUAUUAGGGCACAUGGUUUCAGGACACUCAAACAAUAUCUAGGUUACAUUAUACAACAUGUAAUAAGACAUCCGUAAUUCAGCAAAAAUAUAGUUUCUGAAACAAAAGCCCAUCCCCAUAAAAAACGUUUUAGUCUCCUGCAAGAUCACAAGCAUUUGAGCAGAGAUCCUGUGUAUCAAUGGACCUUGUCUUUUUGUUCUAUAGCCACAACUUUAAUGUCCUCCUCUAAGGCUGUGUUGAGGUUUAUCUAGAAAGAGCUGUUAAAAGUAAAAUAAUAAAUGGAACGUCAAUAUUAUAGUUCAUACCAUUGGAAAAACAACAUUGUCAUAAUGUCAUUACAAAUACAACAUUCUGCUACAGCAUUUACAUUUCAUGAAAAAUGUUGUAAAACGAUUUUAAAGUAUCGUAACAGUAAUAGCAAUUCUAAAAAGAACACAAUUUACUUACUAGGGCAUAGGUUUGGUUUAAAUUGUUGUGUUGUUGCCCUAAUGCUAAUACUGCCCCUGCUCUGACGUUAAUUAUUGGUGGGGAUUCAAUAGUCUUUUACAAUGGUAGGGACCUUUCCCUACUUUCUGCCCCUAAACCUACUCUUAUGUUUACAUGACAACAAAUAUUUACUGAAAAAUACAUACAAAAUGCAUACUAGUAAAACAUAUAGAGCCUAAACUUGGACUGCAGGACUUCAUGGUUGAAACUAGGUCCAUUCUGAAACGCUAUUUGUAAAAAUCUUUAUUAUCACAGUGUGUGAAGAUGAAAUGCUCAAACUCAAAAUAAGAAAAGUCUGUCUGGAAAGCAAACUUCCUUUAUAUUUUUGUUCAAUUAAAGAGUUUUGUUUGAGCAGUCCUAAAGUAGUAUUUUUCCAGCUCUGUCAACUUAGCCUGUUAAGAGAAAAGGUCAAAUUAAAUUGAAAACAUUGGGAGGCAAAAAUGUUAAAACAACAUGCGUGUUUGUACUAGAGGGAAAGUCUGCCGUGGUCCCCAGCAUUGGAAAUGUGAUCUCUCUUUUUUGUUUGCAUACAUUAUGCUUACACAUUUUUAUGUUUCUUCUCAAUCCAUAUAAAAUAUAAAUUUGAUUCAACUAAAUAUGUUUCCAAUAAAUUUAAGUAAUAAUUAUCCAAAGUGCAUUUCCACUCAUUUAGGACUGCAUUAUUAGAUAAUAUUACAGCACAGAGUACAAUUUUAAAUAUAGAAUGUACAAGUCAAACUUGUGUCAGUAGCUAUGUUCUGAUUUGUUUUAUGAAUUUUCGUUGGACCUGACCCUUAUGUUUCAAGUCCUGGACCUGACCCUUAUGUUUUGCAUAUGUGGCAUGGUGAAAGUGAACUUGGCUAGCAUCAAAAUCACGAGGCAUAACACAAAUAAAUCUCCUGUAAAUACAAGAAUCAUAUAUUCUAUUAAAAUAU